AUGGGGCUGACAGUAUAUGUAAUGGAUGAAGGAGAGAGUUCUUGUGACAAUCAUAAAUUGAAAGUAAAUGCAAACUGUGUUGAUAGAAAAAAGAGCAAUAUUGAUGAAGAUUAUUUUAAGCUUAUUGAAAGUGUUGAUACAAAUGAUCAAGAACAGACAAUUAUUUCCGAUCCAGAUCAAAACGAGGUGCUUAUUGUUCAAGUGUAUAAGUACAAAGCCACUUUAAAGUCUGUGAUGACCCAAUAUGCAAACCGAAACAGAUUUCAAUUCAAUACAAACAAAUCAAAUGGGAACAGGUAUACUUUGAUUUGUAAAUCGAAGGAAUGUGGUUGGUUUCUAAUGGCGUCUAGCAAUAAGAACACCGAUUUGUUUAAGAUUGAAAAGUUCCGGCAUGAACAUACUUGUCCUUUAAAGAAUAGAGUGUACCAGCAGAAACAUGUUAGUAGUACAUUGAUUGGUGGGAUUGUGAAACAAAAGUUAUCCAAUCAUAAAAGAAUGUAUACGGCGAAAAACAUACAGGAGGAUAUUAAGAAUGAUCUUGGUUUGAAUUUGACUUAUACAAUAGCGCGGAGGUCUAGAGAAAAAGCUUUGAUUUCAUUGAGGGGAACAACAUAUGCAUCAUACAACAGACUGCCUGGAUAUUUAUACAUGAUGAAAAAGACUUACCCUGGUUUUGAUUCAUGUCGACCGAUUGUUGUUAUUGAUGGCAGUCACCUAAGAGUAACAUAUAAUGGAACUUUCGUGUCAGCAAGACAUAUUUUUUCCCUAGCUUAUGGAAUUUUGGAUUCGGAGAAUUAUGUAACAUGGAGUUGGUUCUUUGAGCAAUUGAAAGAAGCUCAGGGUAUAAAAUUAAAUAUGUGUGUUGUGUCCGACAGGAACGAGAUCAUUAUAAGGGCUGUAUCAACUGUAUAUGGGGGCGUUGUACAGUACGCUUGCAUCUGGCAUUUGUGGGAAAAUGUGGUAACUAAUUUCAGGAAGUCACAUGCUAAAUUGUCUAAAGUGUUUUAUGCAAUGGCAAAAACAUAUACAAUUUCUGAAUUUAACAAUAUAAUCAAGAAGGUUGAAAAGAUAGAUAUUAGGGUGAAAGAUUACUUGCAGUCGACCGGAUAUAACAAGUGGUCUAGGGUGUAUGAAACUGUAAAUCGGGGAUUCACUCUAACCUCAAACAUUGUUGAAACCAUUAACAGGCACCUUAAGAAAGCCAGUGUUGAAGAGAAAAAUCUUGAACCUGAUAAUUAUUGCUCUGACUUUUACAAGCCAAACUCGGUAUUGGAGACGUAUGAGGUUCAAAUAUUUCCUCUUCCUGAUAGAUCCACAUGGAAAAUACCAAAUUAUAUAUUGACUGAAGUUGUUCUUCCGCCAAAAUACAGACAUCUCCUGGAAGGCCAAAGAAAAGAGAAAAGUCCGCGGGAGAAUUUUACGGGACUAAGUCCACAUAUUCAUGCAAUGCUUGUGGGUUAA